AUGGGAACGUGGUCACGUUAUUAUGGUAGCCUAUUCAAAUUUAUGAUUAUGAACGAAAAACAACUAGAAGAAGUUAACACGUUAUUACUUAUAAAAUCAUCAAAAGAUUCUUGUGAUGACACAACAAAUACAGAAACCGCGACCGAUAGCGAAUCAACAAUCAAAGCAACAAGUAUUAGCAAUGUAGAAACCACAUCAAAAAGUGAAAUUGUGAAACGAAAUCCACAAAUACCGACAAAGCUUCCAACAACAACUCAAACGGUGAUUACCAGUUCACUCCGAGUUAGAAGGAAAAAAAAUCGAAAAAAAUGGACCGAACACGAAUUAAAUGCAUUAGAAGCAGGGAUGGAAGAGUAUGGGACUAGUUGGACGAAAAUAUAUGAAAAAUACGGAAACGCGUAUGGAAUUUUACGUGAUCGUAGCCAAACUCAAUUAAAAGAUAAAGCUCGUAAUGAGAAAAUUCGUAGAAAAAGUGAUGUAAAGAUUUUCGAAAAUUUUACGCUAUGUAAUAGAUUGAUAGAAUAUUAG